UUUAAAUUCGAAGGGGCUUUUUCUUGAUCCUCUAGUCUGGAAACAUGGAGAAAUUCGCUCGCCCCAAAUCGCCAUCCAGAAAACGGUGGAGCAUUGGUCUUUCCAUUGCUGUCAUCAUUGUGAUCAUUAUUGUUAUUGUUGUUCCAUUGGCCGUCCUCCUCCCUGAACGGGGGCACAAAGGCCAAAAGUCCGCAGUUAUUCUACCUUUAUAUAUCUAUCCCAGCAACAGCUCAUCUUGGGAUCCGCUUUAUGAAGCGCUAGAUGCUCACCCUGAACUUCACUUUCUGGUGGUGAUCAACCCCAGCAACGGCCCUGGCAACAACCCCCUUCCAGACGACAACUAUUCAGCUCAGAUCCUCAAGCUGAAUAACUACACCAACGUGGAAACAGUCGGGUAUGUCAGAACCGGAUAUGCCACCCAGAACAUCACCAACGUGGCCGAAGAAGUAGCAACGUACGCAGGCUGGGACACGCAAAACAAUAGUCUGGCAAUGCACGGCAUCUUCUUUGACGAAGCACCGCACGAAUAUUCGGCCGACGCAGUCUCGUACAUGCAAAUCGUCAACCAGGUGGUCAAAAAUUCGACCUUGCAGGGCGCUAAAACGGUGAUCCACAACCCAGGCGUGAUCCCUGAUUCCCGCUUCGACGACUCAACCACAGACAUUACCGUCAUCUUCGAAGAGUCGUAUCCCGUCUACCAGACCAAAGUCACCGCACUCACCGACCUGAACAAGAAGAAUCGGACCGAGUACGCUUACAUGGUCAACUCGAUACCCACGCAGAGUCUGAACGCUCUCAGGUCGUAUGUCGACACUUUGAGCGAGCACGCCGCUUACUUGUUCGUCACGAACAACAAUCAAAAUUUCUACGAUAGUUUUGGCAGCAUGUGGAGCGACUUCACGGCUGUCAUUCCGACGUAG